GGGGGGGAGCGACCGUUGAGGCGCGCGCGCGCGCGCGCUCGCGCUGGGCUCGAGCCGGCGGCAUCUCCCCUCCCUCCCCUCAGUCCCGCUCGGCAGUCGCGGCGGCAACACUAGGAGCAGAAGCAGCCGCCUGGGUAGCGGUGCCGCCGCCUCCUCCUCAUCAUUCUCUCCCCUCCCUCACCACCCCGGGGCACGAUGCAGUUUAUGUUGCUUUUUAGUCGCCAGGGGAAACUGAGACUCCAGAAGUGGUAUGUCCCAUUAUCUGACAAAGAAAAGAAGAAAAUCACAAGGGAACUUGUUCAAACAGUAUUAGCCCGCAAACCGAAAAUGUGCAGCUUCCUGGAAUGGAGAGACCUGAAGAUUGUCUACAAAAGAUACGCAAGCCUCUAUUUCUGCUGUGCUAUUGAAGAUCAGGACAAUGAACUAAUAACUCUGGAAAUAAUUCAUCGCUAUGUAGAACUUCUUGACAAGUAUUUUGGCAGUGUAUGUGAACUUGAUAUCAUCUUCAAUUUCGAAAAAGCCUAUUUCAUUCUGGAUGAGUUCCUUUUAGGAGGGGAGGUUCAGGAGACUUCCAAGAAAAACGUUCUCAAAGCCAUUGAACAGGCAGAUCUUUUACAGGAGGGUGCCCACAGUGCUGGACCCUCUGUGCAUGAAGGUCUUGGAUGUCCUCAGUGGGCUACAGAGGUCUCACUGAAACUGCAGCGUUUUCCAUCUCGCAAUAUUGCUGUUAUCGCUUCAUAUCUCAGUUAUUGUUGUCUUCCAUUUAAUCUUGUAGGUUCACCUCUACAAUGUGAGUUUAUUACUAGUCUAGGUGCAGGUGGUGUUUACAUGUUCUGUAAGCUAAAAAGCCACCAGGAGCGAAAUAAACACUUUUCUUCCUAUUGUUGUCUGACAAUCUAUCUUGCUUUAUCAGUAGAUAAAAAGUUUUUGUUAAGAUGAGACACUAAUCCCAUAACAGUAAUUUGAGUCAAUCAUCUAAUUUUGUGUACCAGGAUUUUCACAUCAAAGACAGUUAAUUCCUCAAAUUACAAACUGUUGAAAAUAUGAACAGGGUGGGGAAUACCCCAGGGGUGUGGAGGAGAGUAGAAGUUUGGAAAGUACUGAAAGGUGAAAAGUCGAUAAACAUGAAAUGAAUGCUUCCAUGCCCUUAUUUGUUCAUUCAUUUAGUUGUGUAAAAGGGAACAUGAUCGGCGCCUCCAGGCCAAAGAGUGUGCUAAAGAAUGUGUGCAGCCUGGGAUAAUCUCUGAACACAACAACAAUGAAUGCCACGUCAUGAAUACUUUAAUGUCCCAGUGUACUAAAUGGCUUCAUUCAUCAUGCAUGCAGAAUUUCAGAGGAGAUAGACCUGUGACUUACUCAUGACAGAACAUUACCAUCAGCUUGGUGAAUCCAGUCAUCCUGAAUCUAAUAGAAUACCACAACCAUUCUCUGCUGUUGUACUUUCCUCUUCCCCUUUGUUUUACAGUGUUGUCUCUUCACGUGUCUCAUUUCAGCAAAACUUGUGCUUGUUGGCAUAUGGUUUAAUGUUUUUAUUGCGUGUAAACUUGAAGUCUUACGCUUAAAAGUUCUGUAGAAUUUUCUGAGCUGAACACUAUAUACUGCAAUACCUAUGCUGUAACAUUACUUGACCUGUAUUUAUCUUUCAAAGUUUUGGUGGUAUUUAAACAUACACUAAAAACCUGUAGAUUAAGUUAAUGUUGACAGAGAUACUAGUGAAGGAGUAGUAGUAUGUGAAAUGUGCAUACCCACAAGUAUUAAAUGAUGUUACACACAAUUCUACACAGACCUUGCAUCUUAAUUAAAGAUGCACAUACCAGUAUUCUUUUCUGAGACUGGCACAAUAGUGUGGCUUACCUUACAAAGAGGAGGAAGGCAGAAUUGAUUAGGGCAAAGGGAAUGACUUAGGUAAAUCUGAAGUUACAUUUGUAUUUAAAUGUUCAAAACACUCUUGUGAGUAGUUGAACAAUUGCUGCUACUGAAGGAGAGAACGAGUUCAUUGCUUUACAAGUCGUUAGUGUUGGGAAGAUUUUUUUUUAAAGUCCAUUAACAGUGUACUUGAAAUAUGUCUCCUUCAAUUGUCAUUUCCAGUUUUAAGUGCAGACUACCUUGUAUAUCAGAGAACUGCCACGAGAAUUAAUAUGAUAAGUACCUUUCAAAUAAAGUGUGGGCAGAGUGAGGGGGCAGGUAUUGCAUCCUCUGUUUGCCUAGUAGAAGAGAAUAAUUUGUAACCUAAAAUCAGUGCUGGUUUUGAAAAUAGUUUAAAUGUAAUUAGCAAGGAGGUCAUUACUGAGAUUAACCACAGCUAGUUCCAUGUACUAUAUGUGGUAAUGCACUACCGAUCAAAUGUUAAACUGACAUAAAAAUGAGAGAUUUAGAGGAUUAGAAAAGAUUUGGAUUGGACUUGCAGCAUUCUGAAAUCUUAGAAAGCAAGAUCAUAGGAGUGGUUUUCCAUUUCCAAGUUUGCCUUUUUUCUGUAAGACAUUAACAAUGUGUUUGAAUGUCUGGUUAAUGCUGCUUUAGCCUGCAUUAUUUCAUGCCUGUUGGCUUAAAAUGCUGUGCAUUGAGCUGUAAUGAGAUGCUGUUUUUCUUGUUAUCUGUAUACAGCUGCUUGCUUCUAAAUGACUAGGUAAUGAAUUAGCUUUCCUGGCAUGUUUCAAAUAAAGUAUUGCAUGCACUUUUGUCUCAUGUGAAUGACUUUUUUUCCUCAUCUGUGUUCUGAUAUAUUUCAAAUUUGCAUUGUUUGCCUUGGGUGAUUGUGAGCUGCAGGUAGUGUAUAAUACUGCAGAAUGUUUUCCAUAACAAUUGUAUAAAAUGUUUGACACUUCCUAAAACAAAUAAUGUGAACAAAACAUAAUAUAAUUCUAUUUGUGUCUUAAAAGUCAUAAUUGAUGAAAUUAUUCCUCUAGCAAAAUGCAUUAGUCUUUAGGUGUUCCUUUUGAGUUUAUAUUGCUGAUGUGCACGUAGGAAGGCAUGUCUGCCUUGAGGUUACUGCUGUAGUAUGAAAAAAUUUAAAUCGUACUGAGUUUUACUGUGAGGUAGCUGGACAAGUAGCAGGUGACCUUGAAAUACAUUGCUUUAAAUUCUUUAACCUUGAUUUACUUGAAGAAAUCGAAUCUUUAUUUAAGAAUAUGCCUGUUGAAAAUUACUGACAACUUGGAAAGACAGUGGAGGCAAUAAUACUAAACUGCUCUAAAGAUAGUAGCAGCAGUGCACUGUAUUUCUUCAUAGCUAUUGAGGAACUUUUUUUCCAGGUAAUUUAGUAAAUAUCCUGUUUCUCCACUGAGUAACUGUAAGUGUCCAUUGCUGUCUAAUCAAUUUUAAACGGUGAAAAGUUGUUUUAUUACAAAUAGUUUCAAGAUGCUGAAAUGCUUGAGAAGUUAUAUUCUCUUAGAAUACUCUGAGUUCUGUUGCUAUAGUUAAGAAUAUAGGAUUUUUUUGAGUAAAAGUGCUUUAAGUUGGUGUAUAGGGGAGACGCAUAUCCUCUAAAAUUAAUGCAACAAGGUAAUCUGUCAAUAUAAUCAGACAGGUUAUAUUAAAAAUGUUACAUAGCCUUUUCUUCAAUCAGUGUCUCCUUUUGGGGGAUUUGGGUUAAAAUACACAUGCAAAUCUUUAAUCCUCUUGACAUGUCUGGCUUUAUCGAGGUCACUGCGGUUCCAAAAAAUACUUAAAUACUGCAUCAGUGAGAAAAACCCCACUAUAUCUUUAAUACACCGAGUGUCCUGUUUCCAGUUUUAACUUGCCUUUUUCUUGCAAUUUCUUAUUUGCUGCUGGCUUUUGGAAGCCAUCUUAGAAGUGCUCAGAGGUGGCCUGUUUCAAGCACCUGACUUAUUUUCAAAUGAAGUUGCCAUUAAAAUACCAUGGCUUACUCCUUCAAUAAUAAAUCACCUUAUACAUGAACUGAAUGAGGACUGUAACCUCGAUCGUUUUGUGCUCCGUAGUCAAGGUUGAUAGAGCAAAUAUUCUGGUGUUAUUCGCAAGAUGUAAGGCAUUUAAUUAUGUAUUUUACUGGCAUUUUUUAAAAUAAAUAUUUAGAGAGUAAUUGAAGAAUAAUUUGUUUGCUGCCUUAACUAUUAUCUGCUUUUUUUUCUGCUUCAUGACAUGUCUUGUUUUAGGAUGCUAAAGAAGCAGAGACCCCACGUAGUGUACUUGAAGAAAUUGGAUUGACAUAAAUCUUCACAUCAGCUGAUGACAUCUCAGUGUUUCAUACUGUAAAUGUUCACUGCCUUCAUUGUAAUGUUUAGCUAAUGGUGUAAGAUGCUGUUUGUCAGUAUUACUGUUUUGCUAAGCUGCUUCAUUCAGGCCUACAAGAAAAAUACUUUUUUGAAAAAGGAACAAGAAACUAAAGUCCAAAAAUCAUGAAAGGGAAUUGGAUAUCAAUUGACUCAGUGUCUCCCUUCACUGCAUUUAUAGGAAGAUUGCAUUUGACUUCAAUAAGUGUACUGUUUUUUAUAAGCAAACUUAACUCCAGGAAAGAAAUCUCAUUAUGACAUAGCAUAUCUAAAUGAAAAGAAACUACAUGGACAACUCCAAAUAUAAAAUGUUACGGUGUAGAAAUUGUGUUUACACAGCCAAAGACUUUUGUUCAUCUACAUUUUAGUCAACAGUUGUGAUAAUUGUGCUUAUUUCAGUUGAUGCAUAAAGAUUGGGAAUACCUGUUUACUACUGAAUUUGUCAUUAUACCAAAGAAUCCUGUUAGGAUCUGCAUAUCAAACUGGUAAAAACUGUUAAGGUGAUAUUGCUUUUUGCAAGAAAACUGCAAACUGAUCAAUUCACUAGAAAUGAAGGUGUAUUUAAAUGUAGCUACCUUGAGCAAAACUGUGCAGGUUACUAUACUAAAAAGGGAAUGCGUAUAGUAAAAAAUAAUAAAAAAAAAUCAUUCCAAAUAAGGAAACUGUUUUUAGCUCUGAUAUUAGCUUACUCUUAACAUAAACACAAGAAAAGGAGGUAGGCUUUCUGGCUGUAUAGAGAGGUGCAUAAUGAAAAUUGGAUACUUUUGAAGAUGGGGAAAAAAGCUUUACAAAAGGGACUUUUUAUUAUUUUCUUUCAAACUCUAUGAAUUAAUUUGUAUUUAUUGGUGUUUUAUGGUUAUGCUUUAAUCGGUGUAUAGGUACCUUUAAAAAACAACCCCCCACAGUAAGUGUCAGUGUCAUUUUAACUCCUUUUCUUGACUUACAUGUGACACAUCCCUCAUGAGACUCCUGCGUGAUGUACAGUUUAACCAACUAAUUUGCAGUGAGCGCUUUUAAAUAUUAGAUUUGUAUGCUAGAUUCACUGCAAAUCGUGUAAAGUGAUACCAAGUAAUAUUUUGACACUUGUAGCAGACUUUCAGUCAUUAUAAACUAAACCUGUUUCACUUGAGGAAAUUCGAUUUGUGUAUGCUUUUGAGUUUUGAGGCGGCAGUGCCGCGCUUUGGAGUAGCCAGGUUCUGCCGUGUCCCCGCAGGGUCCCCUCCCGCCCCAGGAACUUCGCUCCAGGAGUAAACGCUUUGGCUGGUUCCCUUGAGCAGGUAGCGCCGUGUUUUCGCAGAACUCCGCUUUGGCGUUGCUGCUGGAAGCUGUCGUGCGCUGCCAGCAUCAGCAUUGACGCAGCCGCCUGGAGAGCGAGGCCGCGGGCUCCACUCCGCCUGGGCUGCAUUGAACCCACGGGGGAAGGAUUGGCGUUGGCCCCCUGCAAGUCCCCCGGAUCCAGAUCCCAGUACAAACGCCCGUGGCAACAGAAGGGCCAGCCAGGGCAGGGGUGAGCUCAUGGAGGUAGAAUUUGGCUACUUGCGUCCUUUCUGGGAUUCAAGUGUAUUCUGAUUAAUAGAGACAGUUUUUAACCCAGGGCAGGGAAAAGCAGUGGUGUACACGUCCCCAGUGUGCAGCGUGCAGGGGUAGGUGAGGUUGAAGUGGUAGCAGAACGACCCUGUGUGUGACACUGAAGUAAAAUUACCUUAAGUCAAACCCGAAGCAAUUUUCUAUGUAUUAAACAUGUUUUUAAAGUUUACACUGUCACUUGUAUGUGCUUGGCUGGAGUAAGCUUUCUUGUGAUUGUGACAAAUAAACAGUUUGACCUCUGUCUGUCACAUUGUUUUCGUUGUAAUAAAUGUCCAUUUUUACACCA